AUGGCAAAAGGCCUGUAUCUACACAGUCAAGAAAGAUUGAGAUGAAAGUAGAAAAAUGUACAUUUUAUAGCCUCUACUGGGCGCGAAAAGGAAGCUGUGCGAUUGGCUAACGUUUUAUUUUUAUUUAGACCAAUAGGACUCGAUUAUGCAGGAUACCUAUUUUGACUGGGCAAAACUGGCAUCUGACGUCAUCCACGGAUAAUCACCAAUCAGCAGAGACCUUCCCCCUACCUCGGCCGCAUAAACUAUUAUAUAAAAAGAGGAGACCAAGUUCUUGUUUUGGUUUUACCAGUAUUGUGUCAUUAUGCCCGAGCCGGCCAAGUCUGCUCCCGCCCCGAAGAAGGGCUCCAAGAAGGCAGUGACAAAGGCCCAGAAGAAGGACGGCAAGAAGCGUAAGCGCAGCCGUAAGGAGAGCUACUCUGUUUAUGUGUACAAGGUGCUGAAGCAGGUCCACCCCGACACCGGCAUCUCUUCUAAGGCCAUGGGAAUCAUGAACUCCUUCGUCAACGACAUCUUCGAGCGCAUCGCAAGCGAGGCUUCCCGCUUGGCGCACUACAACAAGCGCUCGACCAUCACCUCCAGGGAGAUCCAGACUGCCGUGCGCCUGCUGCUUCCGGGGGAGCUGGCCAAGCACGCGGUGUCGGAGGGCACCAAGGCCGUCACCAAGUACACCAGCUCCAAGUAAAUUCUCAAGCU